CAUGGUUCCCAUAUAAAUGAAACACUGAUUUUCACUGGAAUAAGAGACAUUUUUGUUUGUAUAUUCUAGUUUAAUAGUGUUUUCCAUUUUUUAUUUUUUGCGUGGUCAUUUGUAAUUCCACGUGAGCCAAUUUUUCUAAGACAUAGAUCACCAGAUUUAGAAAAAAACUUCUCGACUUCGAAAAAGCCACAGGAGUGACGGUCCCCAACCCGAUGCUGACCACCAACUGGAUUGAUAACUAACACAGUACACAUCGUUGUUGGGACUUAUUAUUUAAUAUCUACCGUUAUAUUGUUGUUAGUCUACUUCUUGGUCCGUGCCUGAUAAUUAUUGUCUAAAGAUAAUAUUUUCAAGUCAGCAUGUCAGCCAGGGAAAAUGACCAGUUAAGCAAUGUCCAACUAUCAAGUGAUAGCGACCAAGGUGAUCAUCAUACACCUGAAAAUGAAAACAAGAAUUUGUAUAUAGGAUUGACUAGCCCAAUUAGUCUUGAUCCUGACGCUAAUUUGGAUGACCAGGAAGAAAAACAGCGGUUAAUAGCACAGGUUUUAGAGAGGCAAAACACAUUAGAUGAUUUAUCAUCUCGUGUGGAUUCUGUGAAAGUGGAAAAUCUCAAGUUGAAGUCAGAGAACCAGGUACUGGGUCAGUACAUUGAGAACUUAAUGGCUGCCAGCAGCGUCUUCCAGUCAGCUUCACCUAAAGCCAAGAAGAAAUAAAUGGAGGGAUAACAGUAGCAAAAUCAAACAACCGAGCUAAAACUCUAUCAGAUAGUUCUUUUUCUAUAGUGCUGUUAAGGUGUUAGUCAUUCUCUUACUUCUCUUUACAAAAUGAAUUUUUCAAAAUUUAUUUUAGCUCACUGUAGUAAUUGUAUAUAGCUAAACGGAGAAGUUUAAUUGUUAUCUAUAGUAAUAAAUCUUUAUAAUAUUUGGACUUUUUCUUAAAAUUAGCCAUACUGCUAGAUGCAGUCUGACUUUAUGCCAAGCAUAUGGAUACUAUACAUUUAUGUGGUCAUAAGACUUAGAUUAGAAGUAAUUGCUAGUCUGCCACUAACCUGGAAAUGGUUACAUCACUGGCUACAGGUGUUGUACUUGAUGAAAAUAACAUAUUAUGGUUUUGCUUGGUUUAGUGGCCGUGUGAUGUUUUUUAAUAUUCUGCAAUGGCACAGUUUUUUUUAUUCUUUGCUAGCUUAAUUCAACUUUUUACCUGUAAAAUAUUUGAAUGUCAAACACAAAAAUAAUAUAUUUUUGAGUUAACUUAAAUGUGUCUGUAAACCAUGAAUAGAGAUCUGGGGGUUUGCUUUCAGCCCGUGAUUGAACACUUGUCCAUUUUAAGAUGUAGGGGAUCUGAAUGUCAAAUUUUAAAUAUUAUUUAGGUGCUGUCAUUAUUUUGACUAUAAUCUAGCAUGAUUUUCUAAUUUUUGAUUCCUAAUGAUUCCUUGUGACCAAGCAAUUUUUGUCUUAGGAAACUUACUUUGUAAAUACAAUUUUAAUUAUAAUUUACCAUUCAAAUGGAUCUACUUACAAAGAUUUGUCUAUAUACUUGUGCAUAAUUAGUCAUUCUAAAAUUGUGUUUGUACAUAUUUUUUUUCCUGCUGUUCAUGUCUCUGCAAACAAAAUGUGAAUAGAUGCAUUUAUUAAUUAAUUAAUUACUAAUUAGAGACUGUGAUUUGAUUGGUGUUAUAAAUGUGAAUAUUUAUUACUUCACUGUGGUUGAGAUGAGCUUUUAGAUUUGAGUUCCUGUUACAGUUGGAUUGUGAUUUUACUUGAUUGUACUGUAGUUAAAUUUGUCAUUGCUCACAUCCUUGUUUAUUGAUUCUAGGAUUUCUGUUAACAUCCCAAGUAGAGAACUUUGGCCAUUAUAACAUUCCUUUUUGUAAUCAGCCUGGGUAAAAAUUUCAAAGAUUGUGUUGAUGAAAACACUCAAACUAAGACCAAAUCAAAAUGUGUUUGAUAAAAACAUUUUUUUAUACUGCUUAGUACUAGAACAGUGAUUUUUUUUAUUUUGAUGUAAAGCAUUAUCUCCACUAUUUGUGAUACAUAUUUUUCUGUGUUUUCUAUUAGAUGCAGGGAAACUGAUGAGAUAUUUAACCAGAAGGUUUUCAGAUUUAUUUAAAAAUAAAAAUAUAUUGUUCAGCAUCUAUAAAAUAGCUUUAUUUAAAAAAAAAAAAUUCGAAUCUAGUGUAUUGUAUAGCAAGAAGUUUUAUCCCCCAUUUAAAAGCAAAUUACAGAAACUUUGUACAUCACAUCAGCCACUACCUUCAAGUUUGGUUUGCUAUUGUCUUUUUCUCAUUUAUUUUAUUAAAUGUGUGUUCUACGUUGGGCAUUGUGCAAUUCAACUUCUAUUAAUAAUUGUUUCAUUUGUACAUCUCACAAGAUUAAUUUUUUUUAAAAACCUAAAGUAUUAAAAACAGCUUGUGCAAUUUUAUCUUGAUCAUGAAUGUGUCAUUGAAGAAUCUUUGAGUAGCUUGCCUUUUAACCCCACCAGUGCAAGCUUCAUGAAUGCUUUGAUUGUAAUAUUUAUUGCAAAAUUUUCAUUUUGUUUUAAUAUAGAAACCUUACACUUACAUCACAAAUUUGAUAUAGUAUUUUACCCUUUCAUUUUCCCUAUAUAUACAGUCAUCAGUGGAAAUGCUAAAAAUAAAAGUCCAUUUGCUUAA